UCAAAAAAAAAUCCUGCCAGGGAGACUGGCACAAAUAAAUAUAUAAAUAAUCAGUUUUAAACUCCAGAAUGGAUAACAAUAAACCAUCUCUGAGUCAGUAUUUUGGUGAUACGGAAGUGCCGCCCGCAUCACAGUUUUUUGACGAAAUCGGAACCUCUCCUAGUGAUAUGAUACAAAGUGUUUACUUGGGGGACAGUAGUGGCAGUCAGCCGUCAGCACCGAAUCUGUUCCCACAAAAUAUGACGACUUCUUUUUCUCAACUCAGCAGUGCGCAAGAAGUCUCAUUUUCUCCUCCUGUGCCGACUGUUAGUGGUUCCACGACUAUUUCAACUAAGAGCCUACCUGACCCGUCUACGUUCUUCGACACCAUAGGCCCUGAGCCUACUUUGGGGCCGCCUAAAAGUGGCAUGACCAAUCCUAACAUUAUAGCUGAUGCAUUAGAUGGUUUGAGCAUAAAGAAUCAACCUAUAGACAAAGAAGAAGUUAGAAGAAGAGAUGCUUGGAUACCAAAUGAAGAAGCUAAAAAGACCCUCAUGAAGGCUCAAUCAUCUCCAAAAGGAUCAUUUUUCCCCGAGAGGGAAGUCCUAACAAUGCCUGGACUGGUGCUAGAGGAAGAAUUGGCCGACGCACUCCAAGAGGUAGCAGUAAAGUACCUCGGCGUGAGCUCGGCGGGCGCGCGCGGCGUGGUGCGCGCGGAGCACGUGAGCCGCGACGAGGCCGGGCUGCGCGAGCUGCUGCGGACUGGCUACUUCCGCGCCGCCGUCAACCUCACUGCCGGGCUGCUAGCGGCCGCUGGACAGGGUGUAGGCCGCAUGCACCGGCAGACCAAGCACACGCCGCGCACGCUGCAGCUUUGGCUGACGAGGUUCGCUGUGAUGCUGAGGAUCCGCCUCCACGAGCCUCUGGUGAAGGAGGCCGAGCCGUUCGGGGACUUUAGCAAGCCUGACAUGUUCUAUGAGUUCUAUCCAGACACAUACGAAGGCCGUACCGGAAGUCUAGUCCCGUUCUCACUAAGGUUGCUGGUGGCGGAGCUCCCAGGACACGUCGGGAAGGCCGAGGAGGCCGUGGACAGGCUGUACGCGAUGAUCGACGUUAUACAGAAGAUGCUAUCAAACUUGCGCGAGGGCAAGACUGAAGACGGCACGGGAGUCCUAACUUCUGAGCAGGAUAAAGCCGAGUCUAUACGACUGUGGAGCGGCCGGGAGACUAGGGUUCUGCAUUCUAUUGUCAACUGUGCUAUCACUUUGAAGGAUUACCGCCUAGCCGGCAAGAUCCUAACCUCCCUCCAAGCCGAAGCGUCCACCCCGAGUCAAAAGCGAGCCAUCUCCAGCGCCCUCUGCCGGCUGUGGCUGCUCGCCGGACACGUCAGAGCGGCGCGGGCGCAGCUCGACGCGGGCAGGGAGGCGCGCCACCACAUAUGCCCCACGCCAGACGUCCGGGAGUACGUGGAUAUGGGACUGAUCGACAUCGCCAACGGGAAGUACCAGGACGCAUACAACAACUUCGCGACGGCCGCUGACCAGGAACCUACCAAUAUUAUGGUAGCGAACAACAUAGCCGUCUGCCUACUAUACAUGGGCCGCCUCAAGGAAGCCAUCGCGGUCCUGCAGAAAGCCAUCAACUCCAACCCAGAGAGAGGCCUCAACGAAUCCCUACUUAUCAACCUCUGUACGCUGUAUGAGCUCGAGUCUUCGAAGACUAAUGAUAAGAAACUCCAUCUGUUGAGGAUGCUGUGUAGGCAUCGGAGUGAUACGGUCCCUGAUGUUUUGGAGUGUUUGAAGUUGAGCUAAAGUAGUUAAAUACAAGACUAACUCGUAACUGAGUGAGUGUUUGAGUUAGGGUACGGGAGGGGUGACAUAUGACGUGAUAGACUAAGAGCUAGUGAACGCCAGACCGUGAAGUUUGGGUCAUCGUGGCUUUGACAGCUAUGACCCAAACUUCAUGAUUCACCAACAUUCUAACAUAUUGGGAGCAUACGCUGACAAACUUUCAGCUUUUAUAAAAUGACGUAGGUCUGGCGUUCACUAGCUCUUAGUCUAUGUUAAUCUGAAGUAUCGCUGACGUUUGACGUCACAAAAACACCCUCCCAAACCUUCAUGCACCGACUCAGUUGUGCUAGAUCAAUAUAGUUAUGGUUAGUUAGUUGAUAAAAGUAAAAAUAGAUUAUGUAAUUUGUGAUGUAAAAAUCCAUACUUGAAUGGGCUACAAUGGAAUGGAAUUUAUAAUUUGUAGAGAUGACUAGAAAAAAAAUUAUUAGCUGCUGAUUCCCUAAAGUUUUAUUUAUUAGAAGUCUAGAAAUGUUAACAGACACAAAAAAAUUGUGAUUACCUACAUUCUGUAAUUAAUUAUUGUUAAGAUAUUGUUUUUAGGUGAAUAAAAUUAAUUAUUUAUA